AUGGACGGGCGGUGGUUUGUGUGGAGGGCUACCGCCGUCUGCUACAACCCGCACGACCCGUUGACUUUCCUCUUCGCCCUGCUGGCGCUGCUCCCCAUCGUUGUGUUGCUCUUCCUUGCGGGACUCGCAAGUGCACCUUCCUCCCGGCAGCAAAAGGCAUCUCUUGUGCUUCUCUUAGGGCUCGUGUUGAAUGCGGGCGCUAAUGCCUUCAUGAAGCGAUGUAUUCAAAGUCCGAGGCCACGCCACCCGGCGAGCGGGGAUUUGAACUGCAGCACCCCGAGUGCUCACGGGAUGCCUAGUGAUCACGCCCAGUUUAUGUUUUUCUUUAUUACGUGGCUGAUGCGCCGGGCCGCGUUGACGGGGCUGCCGAUGGCUUUGGAAAUGCGGGCCUUCUUGCUUUCUGCAGCUUUUGCAGUAUCAUACGGUCGGGUGUAUAAUAACUAUCACUAUCCCAUGCAGGUUAUUGUGGGAGGCCUCAUUGGUGUCACGAACGCAUACCUGUGUACCACGCCUUCAGGCGAGGCCAUACUGCAUCAGGCAGCUGUGGCCGUAUCGCCUGUUAAGAAUUUCUGCACGGGCUGGGUACAAUUUCUUGUUUGA